ACUGGAAAGACACUGUCUGGAGAUUUGUUUUUUUUUCUUCAUUAACAAGGUGCAAUCUACACAUACACACAUACCGACAUGAUGUUUGCUCAAUUGACGAGAAAAUCUGUACAAACAAUAGCCAGCAGAAGAUUUGCAUCUACAUUGGUUUCUCCAAGACCAUCUUCCUUAAAGGGUGUUCUUUUUGGCUUCUUUGCAGGUGUUUCAAUCACUGGAUUUGGAUGCUACUACUACUUGUUGGACGAGUACAAGGCAUCUUCUGAUGCAAUCAUUUCGGACAUCUUAUUGUUACAGAAGACCAUCAGAAACAUGGAAACACACAUCAGAGUCUUGGAGAGUUCGAUUGAAAAGAAAUAAAUUCUUUUCCCAUACAUUUUUCUCCAUGAUGUGAUUUGCAGCAUAUGGGAAUAAUCCGAACGUAUGCCUGCCGACUAUUUGCAACCAUAUCUAUUCUUAUUAUCAGCCUGUUAUAACUUGUCAAUUUCUAGUUGUCUUUUAUAAAUCUUUAUACGAUCUAACCAUUUUUUGAUUUGUCGAAACGAAAGUUUAAUGCUUGAAUCUAUCUUGUAUCUACCA